AAUAUGGAUUGUGUGAAGCAGAUUCGUUCUCUUCUCUUAAGCAGUUGUAAAAAUGUUUGUGGAAAUGAUAAAUAUGAACUUUUCACAAAAAUUCUAGAUGAUAAUGAAAAUCAUGUAGGAUUCAUCAUUAGUGAGCGAUUAAUCAAUAUACCACCUAAAAUUGCUGUGCCACUCUAUGCUGGUCUGAGCCAUGAUAUAGCCAAAGCAAAGGAGAAAAAAGAAUCAUAUAAUUUUUCUUGUUACCUAAUUAUUUGUAAAAUAAUUGUCUUUGAUGAAGGGUCAGCAAAUGAAAAUGUAAUAUAUCUCAAUGCAGAAGAAGAACUGAUUGCAGAGGUAGCAACGUUCUCUUUUGAUUUCUCAGUUUCUGAACAGCAAGACUCUGGCUUAGGUGGUGCAUGGACAGAUGAUGAUGAUGAAGGUCAUCCCAAAAGAAGGGUACUGGUGUUUCCUGCAUCAGAAUGGGACUCUAUGUAUCAUAAAAUGACACAGGAACUGGGAACAUAGUUUUUUUUUUUUUUUUUUUGCUUUGUUUUUUUUAUAUACCAUUAAA